AAAGAAGCCAAGGGGGCGUGGCCGAGGGCGGGGCAAGAAGGCAGGGACUGAAGAGUCGGAGGCAGCAUCACAGACUCAGAGCAGCAGCACAGAGGACGAGGUCCCACUGCGGACCCUCACCAAGAAGGGUCGUAAGGUGCCCAAAAAGGGAGCAAAGGCUGUUCCUUCAGAGACCCCAGCCCCUGACACCACAGAUGCUAAGAAGAAGGAAGCUGAUGGGCCAGUAGGGUCAGAUGCAGAGGAUAGUGUACCCCUGGGGAAGCUGAAAACUGGCACAACAAAGACCCUGGACACAAGUUCAGAAGUGAAGUCCCCAGAGGUCAAAUCAGAUACAAGACUGCAGAGAAAAAAGGCUCUGAGGACCAAAAGGUUAAGGCUGUCGGCAUUCGUCAACGGCGACCUACGGGACGGAAAUCGGAGUCUGAGAUCCAGGCGUUGUCGUUGGCGUCAGACUUGUUCAAACCCGACGCAGUGAUAGUUCAUCAGCAGACAGAUGAAGGGAGACAACCCACUGGAGAGGCAGGAUGUCAAGCUGAUGAGGAGAGUGAUGGAGGACUGAGCUACGAGGAUGAUGAGAAUGACUCGGACUGGGACCCCGGGGAAAAUGCUGAUAAGCUCUGGUGUAUCUGCAAGAAGCCCCACGGAAACAGAUGUCAGGGCUGGUUCCACGGGCGCUGUGUAGGCAUUUCCAAAGCCCGGGGGAAGGAGAUGGAGAAGAGGAAUGAGGAAUAUGUCUGCCCAGUCUGCACAGCUGAAAAGUUGAAACAGCCCUCAGAUGGGGAUGUGGUGGACAUCAGCUUCAAAACUGAAAGUGAAACGAAGCAGGAGAAAAAGGAAGGGAAAGAGACUACCGAUUCUAAGAUUGAUGUUAAAAUCAAAACAGAGGAAUCUGCUAACAAGACCGAUGUGGAAAAUGUCAAAACUGAUAUUAAGGUUGAGGCGGAUUCUAAGAGUACAGUCUCGUCUGAUGCCAAAAAAGAGGCUUCAGAAAAAACAAAGGACAUUAAACCUGCUGCGAAACAACAAGAGCGCUCAUUUCUGUCCGCAAUAUCUGGUUUGUCGCAAAGUUCAGCGACAGUGUCAGGCACGGUAAAACCAGACCAGAAAUCCAAAGUGGAGAAACCUGUGUUAAAAACUGAGAAAUCCAAAGAUGGUAAAAAAACAGCCAAAGCAGAGGUCAAGUCAUACGGGGAGAAAAUCGAUAAGACGUUGGGGGAGAUACGGAAACGUGCUGCACAAGUUUUAGCAGAUAGGAAAAAGAAAAGAUUCAAGGGUCUCGGGGACCACAAGCGGACUUUUGAGCGCUGCAUUGUAGAAGGGUGUGGCCAAGAAUCCAGACCUGACUCCGUGUACUGCAGUGAUCAGUGUAUUGAGAAGUACUCGGAGGAUUCUCUGCACAUCAUCAGACAGGAGAGAGAAAGGAACCAGGGACAGCGACGUUCCUCUUCUGAGGGUACCAAAAAAGCAGCAGCAGCAAAAGUCGUUGUCAUGGAGAGGAGAACUGGGCGUGUCUUGACUGGCCCCUCCGCCCCUUCGGAAUCCAACCUCGGCGAUUGGCUGAGAACCCAUCCAUCAUUUGAAGUGCUCCGUCCUGCUCACGCUAGUCACAAGAUAACCACAUCAUUUUACAAAAAAGACAGGGGAGAUCAUAAAGACAGCAAACAUUCCUCAUCCCAUCAUUCCACAAGCUCCUCCCACCACCAAUCAGGCUCCUCUCACCAUCACUCUGGCUCCUCCCAUCAUCACUCUAGCUCCGCCCACAGUUCAUCUAGUUCCACCCAGCACCUAUCAUCUGGUCCAAGCCCGGCUUCAUCCACAAGGGAUGACUCUGGCCCCGAUCCUGUGAGACUUAACGUCAGACGGUCUCUUAGGGAUGUCUUAGCUCACAGAGCAAACGAGGCUGAUGACAUUAUGUUAUCAAACAGCGAGAUUAAGAAAAUAGCACUUUCUAUAGAAGAGGAGUUGUACAACUUAUUCCAAGAGACGGGGACAAAGUACAAGGCCAAAUAUAGAAGCCUCAUCUUCAACAUCAAGGAUCUGAAGAACAAGGGUUUGUUUAGGAAAAUUCUGACGACUCAGAUCAAGGCGUACAAGCUGGUGAGGAUGACUGCUGAGGAAUUGGCCUCUAAAGAGCUGGCCAAGUGGAGGGAAAUGGAAAACAAGCAUACGUUAGAGAUGAUUGAGUUGGCUGAGAAGGAAGCUCAGGAGGAGGCUGGGAAGCAACAUGUGACGAAAAAAACACAUAAGGGCGUGGAAGAAGUGGCUGAUGAAGACUUGAGCUCAUUGGUUACUGUGGAGGCAGAAGAGAAGAAGCCCAAGCUAACCUCUCCAGUUGUCUCCCCUGCUGGUCUCCCAGGAGAUCUGCUGUCCAGUCUCAUUGUGGACACUACAGAACAACACCGUAUGCACUUGUUUGACCUGAACUGUAAAGUCUGCACAGGAAAAGUAGCACCACCUAGUGCUGAGGAACCUCCCGCCAAAAAAGUCAAAGUGGCUAGGACGGUUUCCAAGGAAUCUACGGAAGGAUUGCCGGCGGAGAAGGAGGAGCCACUGCCAGAGGUUGUGGAGGAGAAAGAGGUGAAGGAAGUUCUGAAGGUCAUAGAGAAGGUGAAGGCUGAAGAGGAACUGGCAGCAAGCACGGCCGCAGACAGCACAUCUGUAACAGUGAGGUCACCUGACUCGGCUCUCCAAUCAGGCCUUGAGAUCACGCCCAGAGGUCACAUGGUGGGGACACCAGCGUUGUGGAAAGGCUUUGUCCACAUGCAGGACCUGGCGCGCUUUGUGACUUCAGCUCAUGCUGUUUCUGGUCCCACCUACCAUCUGACUUUACCGGACAGUAUCCAGUUGUGUGGAAGGAUAGCACCUGAACAGGUCUGGGAUUACUUGGCCAGGAUAAAGAAAGCUGGGUCCAAGGAUAUCUGCGUGAUCCGUUUUGACCCGAGUAGCGGCGAGGAAAAAGGCGCAUAUGUGCAACUGUACUCGUACCUGAACAGUCGCAGCCGCUGCGGUGUCUGUGGAAAUAACAGUAAACACAUCAAAGACUUGUACAUCGUACCGCUGGCUGCCCAUUGUAAGAUACCCUCCAUUCUGCUACCAUUCGAUGGACCAGGGCUGCAAGAGAAUCGUCCACACAUGCUGAUCGGGAUUGUUGUGAAGCAGAAGUCCAAACGGCCGAGUGAGUCUGGGCCACCAGAAGCCGCUUCAAAGCCAGUCUCCACAGAUGGGCCCAGUCAGGUGAAGAGACUGAGGCAGCCAGUAACAUCCCGGACAACACCCAGAAAGAGCGCUCUGGAUCCAAGGAAACAAAACCCAUUAGACCCACGAGAAAGACUGAGAGGUGGGACCACACUGAAGGCAUCUCCAUUGCAGAGAGACGAUAUGUCGGCAGACGAGCAGUCCAACACCCCGCCAGAGCAUACCCCACCCAGCACAGACCCACCCAAACCCAAAAUCAAUGACCCAAUAGUGCAGGAGUAUGGACAGGUGGACCUGAAGAAACUGGAGGAAGAUGCUAGCGCUGGUAAAACAGUGGUUAAUCCUUCUGAGGCAGCUGUGGAAGAAGAUGAACCGUACGACCCAGAAGACAUGGAAGGAAUUCUUCUAAAGCCUGGCCUAAGAUCAAAGGCAGGGAAUGUUACAGUUGCAGAAACAACGGUCACCGCUAAAACAACAGACAUUGCUAAUACCAAGACAGCAGACCAGAAGUCACUGUUGAUGGAUUUGACAAGAAAAGUUGAAGAGCAAAAGAGGGAGAUUCAGCUGAAGAAGCUGGGUUUAGAAAGUAAAACUAGCAGUGCAGCUGAGCCUGGUUCACUGGCCCCUACUUUGUCAACGUUGAUUACGACCCUCAAGGCCGCAAAUUUGAAUCUUUUAGAAAGAGCAACUGCCACAACAGCAGCCACAUCGUCACAGCAACCGACUACAUCUCAGCAACCACCUGCAGCUAAACCGGCAGCCUCAUCCACCACAAACUGGGAUGAAAUUAUUAAGGCCAAUCUAGGUUCUAUGCCACAAACAACCGCAACAACAACACCGACAUCCACUGCACCUGUUGUUGAACCCUCAAAGACUGUGCAAGGAAAGGAAAUGAAGGAGACCACUCAAAAGAUGCCCGAUCCACGCAAAGACAAGGGUUCUGAUAAAGAUUCGGUCCACAAAUCUGAAAGGGAGGAAAAGAAAGCCAAAGAACCAGAGAAAUCCAAAACCGACCAACCAAAAGGAUCUGACCGCAAGAAGAGCAGAGAUGGUCCUAGACACGAAUCAAGUCGUAGCUCUUCAAGUCCAGAUAGGCGGCACAACCGACGAAGCCCCAAAAGUAGAGAUUCUAGAAGACAUAGCAGAAGUCCUAGUCGCCGACGCGAUGAUUCGUGUAGGAAGGAAGGAUCUUCAAGAAGAAGGAGUAAGAGCUCAGAGCGACGAUCGAACGACUCCAGGCGUUCUGGGGACUCGAGAUCUUCAUCGCACAGGUCACGUCAUUCGGAUAGAGAUCGGGAUCGGGAUCAUGGUCAUUCCAGAAGGAACUCAAGGAGUCCUAGAGACAAGUCCAGAUCACACAGGAGUGAAAAGCCGAGGAUGUCCUCAACAGAAAAGGAGAGAGAUAACCGUAGUUCCAGCCGUGAACAGGUGGCCAAAGAAAGCCCCGUAGCUUCAGGAGUGGGCAAAGCAAAGUCUCAUAUCGAAGCAGGUUCGGAAAGUAGUGUAGCCAGCACCACGCCAGCUGUAAGCACAUCAGGUAUUGUGGUAGCUUCAGUGGUCUCCACGCUUGCAAAUGAAACGGUGGCAGCAAGUGGAUUGCAUACAACUUCUGUCGUGCCCAAACAGAACAAAACUGAAAGCCAAAUUUUGGAUGAUCUGGUCCUCGGAAAACAAACUCAACAUCCUCCCAAGACUGAAGCAGCUGCAGUCUCGGCAGAAGGGGGAAAGGACUCCAAGCUCAUAGCUGAGCCAGUGACCACUUCUGCUAAUCUGCCUGCAAUCCCGGGAUUUGGUUUUGAGACAACAAUUCCCAUGUCAGAAAUUAGUGAUAUAUUGAAAAAUAUCAGCAGAGUAACUGCAAGUGCUGGUUCUAAUGUGGUGUCAAGUGCGGAAUCUGUGGUGAGCUCCACUGUGUCCCCAAUGCUUAGUGCACACAACGACAACCCAGGCCGGGUUGGUUCGCCCAAUCUUCCGUCUCACGGCGGGAAUAUUAUUCCUGUUACCAAUGCUUCAGGGAUGCUUGGGGAUUUGGGCAUUGCGGUAACUGAGGGAAAGGGUGACAUGGAUUAUAGGAAGCAAGCGUCAUCGGCAUCCAUAACAGGGCCCGUUAUGGUCCCACCACCUCAUGUUAUGAGUGCCAAGAAAGAUGGACAGUUUGGGCAGAAAGCUUUACCUGGUCCACCUCUCCCAGUAUUGGCUGGAUCUGUGCCACCCGUUGGCCUACUGCAGGGCCAGAGGCCUCCAGGACCUCCCCAAGGUGUCACAUCUGUGGCACAACCAAGAGAUGUGGACUUGAGACGAGGCGACGUUCCUCAGCAAGUUGGACCAGUGUUCAUGUCCAUAGAAGAUAAAGAUAUGCGAAUGAUGCCGGCUGAUGUAGGUUUGGGUCUGGGGAGUGGAGAUAGUGAUAUGAGGAUAGGGAGUGGAGACAAAGACAUGCGGGUCAGACCUGGAGAUAUACCUGGGCCAGGGGCUGUUCAAGGGCAACCAGGGCCUCCACCAUGCAUGCCUCUUCAACCGCCACCGCUUCCUCCACAUCUGCUGACAAAACAGGUUUUCACUGGCGACAAAGACGAUAGAGUCGUGCCGUCCCAGAGUCCUCUGCGAACAGGUACAAGGCCAGCAGGUGUAGAAGCUGUGCAGACUGAAUCUCAUGGUCGUCCUAGGGAUUUAAUGAGACGUCAGGGUCCCCCGGGAAGAUCACAGGUCCUUGGUCAGAAUGAAUGGCAGCAGUUUGAGCCUGAGGCAGCGAAAACAAUGGAGAAGCCUCCUAACACUUCAUGUGGUCCUACCCCUACUAUUUCCGGACGUUCUGUUCGUCCACAAGGAACCCCAGGUCUUCUCCCUCCUCCUCGAACACAAAUACCACAAGGCAACCAGCCUAGUGAAGGGAGGCGGAUAGAAACCAUUACCACGUCUUCUCAGGACGAGAGACAUCUGUAUCCACAGCAUCAGUUCGGCCAAAGAAUGCCUCCGGGAAUACGUCUACCAUUUCAUGGGUCUGGGCAAGUCAGACCGCACGGUCAGACGAACCUGAAUGAAUCAGACUCUAGCGCAGGGCCUAACGACUUCGUUAGGCACCCCUCUGUCCUUGCACGAGGUGGACCCUCAGGCGGCCGCAUGCUACAUGCCUCUUACCGUGGGGAUUCCCUACCCAGACCACCCCCACCUCCUCCGCCAGGCAGAGGAAUGAUGGGGCCUCGGGGGCCUCGAGGGCCUAGGGGGCCACAUCCCAACAUCCUUCGUUUCUCAAGAGGACGCGGUAGGGGGUGGUGAUCUGAAUACUAAAACUUGAAGAGCUGUGAUUUAUGUCAUAUUCCUUCACCCGUCUUCGUCUAAUCGUCAGAGAUGAUAUAUUUUAUCAAGUUACAGAGACUCAUACUACCUUUUUCAGUUCAUGUUUUUUUUUUGUUUUAAUUAACAACACUGAACGGGGCAAGUUACGCUGGACAGCCCUUGAAUGUGAACAUGUACAAAUACUGUCGUAAACACGGUUUUGACAAUUUCAUCGAUCGCAAUUUUAUAGGAAGGCUUUUCCUAUCUCGAAAGCUUCAUUUUAUGUUGUAAUAUCGUGGAAAAUUUUUAAUUCUUGCAUUUAUUGGAAUGACGGAGAGGUGAUAGUAAUAUUUUGGGGUUGAUCGUGAGAUCGUCUCUUUUAAAAUGUGAAAUAUGACAUGCGGUGAAAUUUGUAGGAGACGUUUAUGUGAAGCGGAUUUCCCGAUUGUGUUGACGGUUCACGUCCAACAAAGACAGCGUAGACUAUUUUUUACCCUAGAAAAGUGAAUGUAUUCCGCCAUCACAGAGGACCUGCUGAAACACAUUUUGGAGUUGAAACAUUAGUUUUUGUGAGGAUUUCGGUGUGAGGCAAACCAUUCAGAAGACAGACAUUUUAGGUGAAAUGUGUGAAAGGAAAAAUGAGUGAUUAUGAUGAUGGUGAACAUGGAUUUACCGACCUCAUAUCAAGCAUUCAGUAAGAAUGGAACACCUUUCUGGCAGUCAUGCCUGACAGUUGACGCAGAAAGCACAACAAAUCUUCCUUGAAGAUCAUCAUUGAAAACAGGAUC